GGACGCGACUCCUUCGACUCCCAGAGUGCUCCGCGCAGGGCAGCGACGGGCAAGAUGGCGGUGGCGGUGAGAAGUUUGCAAGAUCAGCUAGAGAAAGCCAAGGAAAGUUUGAAGAACGUGGAUGAAAACAUCCGCAAGCUAACAGGCAGGGACCCGAAUGACCUCAGGCCCGGCCAAGCUAGACGUUUAUCCAUCACAGGACCUGGUGGAGGUAGGGGGCGUGGGAUUGGAUUGCUUAGACGUGGACUCUCGGAUAGCGGAGUGGGACCCCCAGCUAAACAGAGGGAUUUGGAUGGGGCAAUCAACAGGCUGGGAGAUCGUCGUUCAAGAAGAGAGUCACGUCAAGACAGUGACGCAGAGGACGAUGAAGAUACAAAAAAGCCAGCGUUGCAGUCUUCAGUUGUUGCUACCUCCAAAGAAAGGACACGCCGAGACCUUAUUCAGGAUCAAACAAUGGACGAGAAGGGCAAAGAAAGGAAUCGGCGGAUGUUUGGCCUGCUGAUGGGUACUCUACAAAAGUUCAAGCAGGAAUCUAAUGUUGCAACUGAGAGGCAAAAAAGACGGCAGGAAAUAGAACAGAAGCUUGAAGUGCAAGCUGAAGAAGAACGUAAACAGGUAGAAAAUGAAAGGAGAGAAUUAUUUGAGGAACGUCGUGCUAAACAAUCUGAACUAAGACUUCUUGAACAAAAAGUGGAACUAGCCCAGUUGCAAGAUGUUUGGAAUGAACAUAAUUUAAAAAUAAUCAAAUACAUAAGAACCAAGACAAAGCCGCAUCUGUUCUAUAUUCCUGGCAAACAUUGCCCGGCUACUCAAAAGCUUUUGGAUGAUUCCCAGAGGAAGAUGAAUGGCAUUUUCGAGCACAGGCGUCUGGAGUUUGCAGAUCAGAUUAACAGAAUGGAGGUUAGACCUAGACGUCAAUCAUUCAAGGAAAAAGAACAGCGAGAAAUGCAGAAGGAAGAACAACCAAACGAGGAACAGGAGGGUAAGGUGGCUCACCGUGAGGAGAUGGAGGAAUUAGGUAACCAGAACAAUGAUGUAGAAAUGGAGGCAGCAGAAGAGAAAGUGGAAGUAGUUACGGAUAAGAGUGAUGCAGGGCAGCAGCAAAAUAAGCAACAGGAAGAGGAAGCUGAGGAAGAGGUAGAGGAAGGGGAAAGCAACAGUCAGCCAGAGAGUGUGCCAGUUGACGGUAAGGAAGCUAGCCAGAGCGUGGAGAAUGAUCAGGAUAUGGUGGAGGAAGUAGAAGAGUGCAUGGAGGAGAGAGUAGAAGAGGUUUGUAGGGAGCCGGAACCGGAGCCAGAACCUGAGCCUGAGCCUAAGCCAGAGCCAGAGCCAGAGCCUGAGCUGUUACCUGAACUUGAGCCCAAACCAGGAUCUGAGCCAGGGCCUGAAUCCGAACUUGAAAGUUCGGCUGGGCAUGAGCUGGAACAAGAAAGUCUUGCCACUGCUCACCCGGUGGAGUCGCAAGUAGAACCAGUCAGGGUGUCGCCGAAGAGAAGCAGGAGCAAAAGCAGAGGUCAUGAGAAAACCAAGAGUAAAAGUAGGAGUCGUAGCAGCAGCAGUUCCAGCUCGGGCAGUAGUUCCAGCAGCACCAGCAGUGGCAGCAGCUCAAGCAGUAGCAGCAGUAGGAGCAGCUCCAGCAGCAGCAGCAGCAGCAGUGGCAGCAGUAGCAGAGACAGCAGCAGCAGCAGCAGCAGUAGCGAGAGCAGGAGUCGGAGCCGGGGUCACAGCAGAGAUAGAAAGCGCAGGAGGAGCUCGGAUCAAAAGCGUAGGGGUAUUUCCAGUGCAGACAAGGACCGUAAGUCAUCAAAGACUAGUAGCAAAGAUCUAAAAGGUUCAAGGGAAAAGGGAUCAAGGUUAGAUAGCAAGAGGUCUAUAUCAGAAAAUCGUUCAGGCAAAAGGUCUUCACGGACUGACAGAGAUCACAAAUUGGACAGGAAAGACAAAAAGCACUAAUUCACCAGACUGGGAAUAAAAUGACUUUAGGAAGGCAGCGUACUGCUUUAUGUGUACAAUGUACCUGAUAGGUGGGAUGUUUUCUUUCAGCUGGUGAUGAAGCCGCCUUAAGUCUUGCUUGCUGUAUAGUACUUUUAUUUGAAAACCAUGCGACAAAAUUACCAUUGGUCCCUGUAACUUUUACAAUGUUUUGUAUGCACAUGUUUCUCCAAUUACAAUUAAAGUGUAUUUCUGA